GAUCCUGGUUACAGUUUUGGGACUGUCGGUUAACGGUCCGUGCCGACAGUACAGCUCAUGAACUCAUUACCGACCUCAGCGUGGCGGUGGAGUCCCAGACCAACGUGUAAUAUGACUUGAUAAUGGGGUACCUGUCUGACGCCCAUAGUAACAGCGACGACAGGCUUAUGUAUUUGCAUAAGGUAGUAUUCUGGGGGGAAAACUAGCUUAUCCCAUCUCACGACCAAAAAGUGUCCACGGAAGGAAGUGGACUUGAAAACGCAUUGGAGGCGAUCAGGGCAGACCCAGUGAUGAAAUCAUCUAACUUGCAUCUCAGGAAAUGUUCCCUGCCCAUGGCUGUUCUAUGUAGGAAAUUUCCCUCCACCACUAGUCAGUCGGUAAAAUCCGAGCCCAGGGUGAGAUCCUAUUCUUCAGCAGACAGCCAAAUGACCCAGUGCGGCAGGGAGUUGAAGGAGGUCCGGGCACUGAUGAUUGAUAUGGGUUCUGGCUAUAUUAAGGCUGGUUUCGCUGGCCUGCCCAAGCCAUCGGCCACCAUCUCGUCCAUGGUGGGCAGGCCAAUGCAGCGCAGCGCCAAGACCGGAGACAAUCGGCAGGAGAACUUCGUAGGCAGAGAGCUAACAGCACCCGACGAGCUGCGCCUUAUCAACCCGCUCCGACACGGCAUCGUGGUGGACUGGGACGCAGCCGAGGCCGUUCUGGGUUAUGUCCUGGAGAAGGAGCUGCAGGUGAGACCAGAGGACCACGCCGUGAUGGUAGCGGACCCUCCGCUCAGUCCCAUGACCAAUAGAGAGAAGAUAGCCGAGCUCCUUUUUGAGAUCUUCAACAUUCCAGCCAUACACAUCACCAAGCAGUCCAUGCUCUCCAUCUACGCCUACGGUUGCACAUCGGGGCUGGUGGUAGAGAGUGGCCAUGGCUACUCCAGUGUGGUGCCCAUCCACGAAGGCUACAUCAUGCCCCAUAUCACCACCACAGUGGACUACGCGGGCAACGACCUGACCAAACACUUGAUUAAACUCCUCAAUCAAAGUGGCCAUAUGUUGAGCAUGGCGGAUUACCAGCUGGCGGAGCACAUCAAACAAGAGUAUUGCUACACUGCCAUUGACUUCGAUGCAGAGAAUCGAGGGGAGCCGAAGGAAUGUACAAUGCACUAUGAGCUGCCUGAUGGUAAAGUGAUCACCAUUGGCAAGGAAAAGAUCAAGUGCCCCGAAGCCCUCUUUAAUCCAUCCCUCAUGGGCUCCAGGGAGCCCGGGCUGCACACCAUAACUUUGAAUGUCAUUAACAAAUGCGACAGCUCGAUCAUGGAAGAGAUGUACAGGAACAUCCUUCUCUGUGGCGGAUCCACCAUGUUCUCUGGCUUCCGUGUCCGUUUCCAGAAAGAACUUAGGAAACUGGCCCAGGAUAUGAACCCGCAAGUCCAGGCAAUUCCCGAGAGGAAAUAUUCCGUUUGGUACGGAGGGUCGAUCUUAUGCUGUCUCAAAUCCUUUCAACAGCUCUGGGUCAGCAAGAAGGAAUAUGAUGAGCGCGGACCAGUAGCCGUCUAUCGGAAAUGUUUUUGAAAGGGCUCCUUGCGCAUUGGCUAUUAUCCGUUGUCGAACCCAAUUCUAAAUCGGGGUUAAAAAUAUGCAAGUAAUAAUAAAAUCAUAUCAAAUUGUGUGAUUGGUGAUAUGUAUAACCAUAGAGCUUAUAAAUGAUAUUGCAAUGCUAAAUAAUGCCUUGCCUUAUGGAAUCCCACGAUUGAAGCUGGUGAAAAUACCAACUCUGCAGGUCAGUUUACUGUUCACUAGAAAUAAACUUGGUCUAUCUGGUUUGGAUGCUGUUCUGAACAGGUGUUCCAACGACUGUGUGAACAAGUCUUCUCCAGCAAGUAUUCAAUGUUUUAAUUGAAAUACUUUUAUAAUUGCUUUGAUUUGGUUUGAUUAUCUUAUAUUGUGGUUUGCUUUUAAUGUUCUUGAAAGUAGAAAAUAAUUAUAGGUUGCCCCACGAUGUCUGAUGUUGUUCCAGACAGAGCGACGGCCAUGACUCAUUUCCCCUGGUCUUUGGCUGGGCAAUCUCAUCCAUCCCUGUAACACUCUGGAAUGUACACAUUCCCCAAUUCUAACUCAUUCGCUCACAUUUCCAUCAACCAACCAGUAUGGGCGCGAUGCCUUUAGCUGUCUUGCCUAAAGUUCUGAAAUCCUGAAAAUUCUCCACUUCUUAAAAACUGUAUUUGAGAAACCUAUUCAUCGGGUGCCAUAUCGAUUUAUGUGGUUUGGGGGCAAAUUGUGUAUGAUAAUGCCGCUGUGGAAUUACUUAGGAUGACUUUAUUAUUAAAGAUACUUU